AUGCUCAUUGGCUACUUUCUCCUAGGCCCUCCCUCCCAGCGCCCCGCGCCAGUCCCAGGCUGAGGGGACGGGCAGGGACCCCAGAUUUGGCACCAGAGGAGGGAGCCCCACAGAGAACGAGAGACCCGGAGGCGAAGAGAGGCACGGGAGGGAGGUAGAGGCAGGUCGGAAUUCGCUGAGAAAAGACCCGCGGGCAGGCAGCGACCCCGGGAGCCGGAGGAAGGAGGCAGAGCCCGGGGCGCGGGAGCCGGGCAGCCCGCUGGGGCGCGCGGGGACCUGGGCGGAGACCCGGAGCAGGAGCGCGGCGGGCCCGGGAGUGGGGGGCUCGCCGAGCCCAGCGCGGGAGGCGAGCCCGGCGGCCGAGCCCUCCCGGCGCUUGCUCGCCCUCCCCUCGCUCGGCGCGGUAUUUUUAUCUGUGCGGGAGCCGCCGCCUCCUCCUCCUCCUCCUCCUCCUCCUCCUUUUCCUCCUCCUCCUCCUCCUUCUUCUCGCCGUACGCACUCGCUGGCAGUGCCACGGCCCGAGCAGCACAGGGGAGCCGAGCAGGGACGCAGCCCGAGAUCCCGAGGCACCCGCCAUGGACCCCAAGGACCGCAAGAAGAUCCAGUUCUCGGUGCCCGCACCCCCGAGCCAACUCGACCCCCGCCAGGUGGAGAUGAUCCGGCGCAGGAGACCAACCCCUGCCAUGCUGUUCCGGCUCUCAGAGCACUCCUCACCAGAGGAGGAGGCCUCCCCCCACCAGAGAGCCUCAGGAGAGGGGCACCACCUCAAGUCAAAGAGACCCAAUCCCUGUGCCUACACACCCCCCUCGCUGAAAGCCGUGCAGCGCAUUGCUGAGUCCCACCUGCAGACCAUCAGCAACUUGAGUGAGAACCAGGCCUCGGAGGAGGAGGAUGAGCUGGGAGAGCUGCGGGAGCUGGGUUACCCAAGAGAGGAGGAUGAGGAGGAGGAGGAGGACGAGGACGAGGAGGAAGAAGAAGACAGCCAGGCUGAAGUCCUGAAGAGCAUCAGGGGGUCUGCUGGGCAGAAGAUAAGCUAUGGCCAGGGUCUGGAGGGGCCCUGGGAACGUCCGCCCCCUCUGGAUGAGCCUCAGAGAGAUGGAACCUCUGAGAACCAACUGGAAGACGCAGCACUAAAUGAGCCAGGGGAGGAGCCUCAGCGCCCAAGCCCUCCUGAGCCUGGCACUUAAGUUCCCAAUCAUGCCUCUCCCCAGAGGAAGUGGAGGGGGCACCGCUGUUCCCUAGAAGCCCACUCUGCCCUCAUCCUGUUUUGUACCCUUCCCCUCACCUGCUAGGGCUGCAGCUUCUAAGUUCUAGAAGACUAAGGCUGGUCUGUGUUUGCUUGUUUGCCCGCCCUUGGCUGAUGCCCAGAGUCUCUGAUGCCUAUCCCUGCCAGAUGUUCCUCCAUUCACCCAGUGGGAGGUGGGAUAUGAGCAAGCCCACGCUGGAAAAAUCAGAAACCCAAAACAAGGAUUGCCCCUUUAUAAUUCCACUCCUCAGAUCCUCUCCCCUGGGCACAGGAGACCCACAGGGCAGGACCCUAAGAUCUGGGGAAAGGAGGUACUGAGACCCUGCAGGUGCCCUUAGAUCUUUCUCCAUCCCCUCUUCUUUGGAAAACUCCAAGUCACUACCCCUUUCACUGGCUUCUACCAGGACCCAGGACAAGACUUUUUCUCCACAGCCUCCACAUUUUGGAACUCUUCCCUUUAUCACCCCUGCUCCUCCUGGGUGCCUGGAAGAUGGACUGGCAGAGGCUGCUUUGUUGCAUUUUGUUUGUGCUUUGAUGCCAGGAAUGCCACCUAGUAUAUGUCCUUAGAAGGGGCACACGUUGGGGGGGGGGCGCCAGGAUUUCCUUGUCCUCCGGCUGUUCUGUCCCCUUCUCCUUCUUCCCUGACUCUAGACCUGAAACUCCCCCAUGCUGUAAUAAAUCUUUGUAAAUAAC